UAGGCCUGCGCGGAGAUGCCCAUGUCAUUCCCUUGCUUUGAAGUAGGCCAUAUUUAUUCCAAUUUACGAGGAUUGCAACUGCUCAGUCUUAAAACAACGCUCAGUUUAUAACAGUUAUUUCUGCAAAGUAUUCAUAUCAAUUACUCUUACUCCGUAUCCGUAGCAGCCAUGUAGAAUCCUUGCAGAGACAUCGCAGGGAAAGGGCGCCCUUCAAAUCUAUGGCAGCUGAGAAUCAAGCACGUUCAUCUAGUUCUGAUAAUAAAGCAACAGACUCAAGUCAUGCUAAAAGCGAAUCUUCAGAAAAUGGUAGUGGAAGAGGCAGGUCACCUCACAGAAGCAGAAGCAAGGAUAAAUCAAGAUCUACUUCUCCAUCUAACAAAUCUGAUAGAAGCUCCCGUUCUGCAGCUGCAAGUCGAGACACAAACAGUACUGAUCCAGAAUCUGUCAGGUGCAGAGUUUUCAUUGGCAACCUCAAUACUGACAAUGUUGACCAAGAUGAUCUUGUGAAGCAUUUUUCUCAGUUUGGCAAAGUGGUUGGCUGCUCGUUACACGUGAAUUUUGGAUUUAUUCAGUAUGCAAAUAAAGAAGACGCUGAUAAAGCAGUCACAGAAUCCCACGGGAAAACUAUUUUCGGAAAACGUGUUGAUGCUAACAUUGCUAGUGAAAGAAGAAAGCCACAAGGUAAAGACAGGAAGGGUGCAAAAGGGAGACCUGAUGAUCACCCAGGGCGUUCUUCUAGGCGAAGGAGCAGGUCAAGGUCGAGCGAAAGAUUCAGAUCAAGGUCACCUAUGUCAAGAUAUGACGAGCUUUACAGAAGAGAUGAUCCUCUAGCAAGAAGUGACAGGCUGCAUUCCAGAGAUCAUUAUGAUGCCAGAAGGGUUGAUGAUUUUUAUGACAGCCGAGAUCCCUAUGCACGACCACCAGAGGCCUAUGGAAGAUUCCCGCACCAUGCUCCGCCACCUAAGACUGCAGAUUGUGAGAUUAUUGCGACGUCAGGUGAUUUAAAGAAUUAUGCAGACACUAUCCAAUCUCGUCUAACUGCAAUUGGAAUAUCUGCCAGCGUCAUGUUUCCUCCUGCAGAUGUCUCCGUUUUGGAGAUCAUCGACCGCAUUUCAAGAAGUGGAACAUUGUAUGCAGUCGUCAUUACCAGUCAAAAUAUGUACCAUAAAUCUUGUACCCUCAAUAUACUAUAUGGUGCACCACAAGAACAUAGAAAUAUGCCUCUCGACGACGCGUUGUCUUUUGUUGCAAGAAAUUUUAAUCAGUAUAUGGGCGACUGGAAAGAUCGGCGACCAGGUUCUUCUUGGCAACCUCCUGCACCGUUUCCUAGUCGAAACGAGGCUACAGAUAAAACGAUUUUGACCCAGGAUUCCUAUAUUCAUGGCCUUUUGAACAUGGCCGUUGUUGGAACUCACUUGAAAAUUGUCGAGAUUAAUCAUUUAAUUGAAGCCUUAAUCAGAUAUAAGAAUGAACUUGACAGCGCUGAUGGCAAACACUCUAUGUCUAGUGUAGAAGACCGAGCUCCGGCACCUCAUUCUACGCUACCACCCAACAGCUCAGAGCCUCCAAAAGAUGUACCUGCAAAGAAAGAACGCGGUCCCGUGCCAGAUCAAGGUUAUUUCAAUCCUUCCAAACCAGAACCCUAUAGUUAUGGUGUACCAUCUUCUGCUGAAACCUCCGGCUACCAAGGAUAUUCAAGUUUUAGAUCAUCUGCGAGUAAUGUUGAAUACAGAGAAGAGGCUAGUUACAGUUCGUCCGCAACUGGACAGCAAAGCGCACCUGCGUAUGCGGGGUCAGAUUACCCCAAGCAGUCAUCACAGCCUAUGUCAGCUUAUCCUAACUAUUACAGCAGAGCAGAAGGAAGGUAGAACGCGAACGUUUUUUUUUGAAAAUGCAAGACACUAUGAUGAUGCAUGGAUAGAUCAAGACAAAAAGAGUGGAUAAUAUAUGGCUAGAUAUUAAUAACGAACAUUAAAGGGCUGAUCUAGGCCUAAUAUUUAUCCGAAUUGUUUUGUAUGCAUUUGCUUCUGUAAAUUGAGCAGGGUGUUUGAAUUUUUCUCUCCCCAUUUAAAAACAGCAUUAUCUGCUGCA